AUAUUCUACAUAAGAAUCCGAACAAGAGCGUAACUACAAAAUUAACAAAAUGAGUUCAUUACUUCAUCCGUCUUUCUUGUUUUCUGGGAAACCAAUUGCUUACGCCACAACCAAAGGAAGGAGGGACCACCGAUUAAUUGCGAAGGAGGAACACAGCAAGUUAUCAAUGGCGUGAUAGAUUUGAUCGGCCCGCAGCUUCAACGACGCCGGAGAAAUCGCAGGAAGUGACUUGUGGUAGUAGUUUUCACUUUUCAGCCACUUGGGUUGGCUUCAUUUCUCCAGUCGCUUCACACUUCCGCCUCCUUCCCUCUCUGCUUUCUCUUAUUAUAAAACUACCCACUCUGCAAGAUUGAAUUUUUAUGCCCACCAAUCUAUUCUUUUGCAGGAUCAAGCAAUCAUCCAAUGGAGAAUACCGCCUCCGACCCGCUGAAGUUGAACUUCACUGAUCCAGCCAAGUACUGGACCGACGCCAUUCCCAUCGGCAACGGCCGCCUCGGCGCCAUGAUCUGGGGAGGCGUUUCCAGAGAAACCCUCCAGCUCAACGAUGACACACUGUGGACUGGUGUUCCUGGAGACUACACCGAUCCAAAUGCUCCGGCGGCUCUGUCGGAGGUCAGAAAACUAGUCGCUAAUGGUCAAUUCGCUGACGCUUCUGCUGAAGCACUCAAAUUGUCAGGCAAAGGCUCUGAGGUCUACCAAGCCCUUGGCGACAUAGUACUGGAAUUUGAUGCUUCCCAUAAGAACUACGACCCUAAAACAUACCACAGGGAGCUGGAUUUGGAUACUGCUACGGCAACUGUGAAAUAUUCUGUUGGUGAUGUUGGAUACACAAGGCAGCAUUUUGCUUCCAAUCCCCACCAAGCAAUCGUCACAACGGUAUCUGGAAGCAAACCGGGGUCCCUAUCAUUCACUAUUUACCUGGACAGCAAGAUGAAUCACAGCUCAUAUGUCGAGGGUCAGAAUCGGAUUGUACUCAAAGGAAGUUGCAGGGGGAAUCCAAAGGGAAUUCAGUUCACUGCUAUGCUGGAGUUACAGAUUGGUGGGAAAGCAGUAAUAAGUGUUUUGGAUGGCGGGAAGCUGAAGGUUGAUGGAGCUGAUUCGGCACUUUUGGUUCUGGUGGCUUCAUCUUCGUUCGAUGGGCCUUUCACUAGCCCUGUUGAUUCCAAUAAGGAUCCCACUUCAGAUUGCUUGAACUCGUUGACUUCACGCAAGAGUUUGGGUUAUGAUGAUCUAAGAGCACGACAUGUCGAAGAUUAUCAGAGUCUCUUUCAUCGUGUUUCGCUCCAGCUUUCUAAUGGUUCCACCAGUGCUUCAGGAGUAUCGACGGCAGAUAGGGUGAAAUCCUUCCAAACUGAUGAGGAUCCAUCCCUGGUGGAGCUUUUAUUCCAGUAUGGUCGAUAUUUGCUUAUCUCAUGUUCUAGGCCUGGAACACAGGUAGCUAAUUUGCAGGGAAUAUGGAGCAAGGAUCUGUCGCCACCAUGGGAUGGUGCUCAACAUCUCAACAUCAAUCUACAAAUGAACUACUGGCCAGCACUGUCUUGCAAUCUCAAGGAAUGUCAAGAUCCAUUGUUUGACUACCUGUCUACCAUGUCGAUCAAUGGGAGUCGAACUGCUAAAGUGAACUAUGGAGCUAAGGGGUGGGUUGCACAUCAGAUUAGUGACUUAUGGGGAAAGACAUCGCCAGACAGUGGAGACGCCGUAUGGGCUAUGUGGCCAAUGGGUGGUGCUUGGCUUUGUACACAUCUGUGGGAGCAUUAUAGUUACACAAUGGAUAAAGAGUUCCUGAAAAACAAGGCAUAUCCUUUGCUGGAAGGCUGCGCAAAUUUCCUACUAGACUGGUUAAUUAAAGAGUCGGGAGGAACUCUGGGAACUAACCCAUCAACUUCUCCUGAGCAUAUGUUCAUUGCCCCAGAUGGGAGGAAGGCUAGUGUAUUGGGAAGAAAGGACGACGAACUUAUUCGGAAAGUCCUUGAUGCUCUACCCCGGUUACGGCCUACGAUUAUUGCAAAGGAAGGUACCAUAAUGGAAUGGGCCUUGGACUUCCAAGACCCAGAGCCUCAACACAGACACCUUUCUCAUCUCUUUGGACUGUUCCCUGGCCAUAGCAUUACUCUUGAGGAUGCUCCUGACCUCUGUAUAGCUGCGGAAAACACCCUGAAGAAGAGAGGUAUAGAAGGUCCAGGGUGGUCGACCGUGUGGAAAGCUGCACUGUGGGCUCAUCUUCAUAAACACAAGGAGGCAUACCAGAUGGUAAAGCAUUUGUUUGUUCUGGUGGAUCCUGCUCACGAAAGCAACUACGAAGGAGGACUUUACAGUAACUUGUUCACUACUCACCCACCAUUCCAGAUUGAUGCCAACUUUGGUUUCUCUGCAGCAAUCGCUGAAAUGCUGGUUCAGAGCACGCCGAAGGACAUGUAUUUUCUCCCUUCCCUUCCUCGGGACAAGUGGCCUAAUGGCUGCUUCAAAGGAUUAAAAGCACGCGGAGGGGUCACAGUCAACCUGUGCUGGAAACGAGGUGAUCUUUAUGAAGUUGGUCUUUGUUCUACAGAAGGGAAUUCUGAACUGAGAUUACAUUACAGGGGAAGGACAGUGAGCACAAGCUUACUGUCUGGUCAUGUUUACACAUUCGACAAUAGCUUGACAUGCAUACAAACCAACCCCCUCCCAUGAGUAACUCCUUGCUCAAAUGUUGUAGAAUAAAUGAUUCGGGGCUCGACCCGGUAAUGGUUAAUACUUAAUAGAGUCGAUGGGGUAGGAUUCGAUUACUGCAGUUUGCUGUGUUGUUGAGAUGCAUACAAACCUACCCUCAGGUUGCUCACAAUGUCGACGGACCCGAAAAGAAAGCUCCAUCUUUUUUUUUUUUUAAGUUGCUUCAGUUAGGAGUCUGCAUUGCAACACUGCAAGUGUAAUCUCUAUUUACAAGUUCCACAUUAAGGGAGCUGCAAAAUGAGUGAUGUCUCCGGCCUAUCCUUUUCUUUCUUCUGGGUUGGAUGAUAACGGGGAGGGAUCAGAUGCUCCUCGAAACUUUUCUGUCCUCUUUAAAAACUGCUGCUAUCCUGCUGGUUUGUGAUCUGAACACAGCUUGGUUAUGCUGAAUGUAAGAUCUGUCGUUGCAAGGUGCUUUAUCGCCUGUUAGUUGAAACAGUUGAGCGAGCCCAUGCCCAGUUCGGUUCCAACAGAGGACUAAUGGGGGUUCCGGAAAGGGAACUAGAGCAGGCAUGGUAAUCUGUAACAAAAACUGGGUUAAAAUAACAUUUGGAUGUUGUACCUGGUUCUGCUUAACAGCUGAGAUAGUAGGGAGCUCUAGUUGCAGCAAAAUUUAUGGACACUCUGAGACGUGCUUUGUUCAUAUAUUCUCUUUUGUUCUAGUAACAAGGUGAACUUUAGGAGUGUGCUCAUUGACUGAAUGAACCCAAUAGGGUAAAAAAAUAAAAUGUGGCUGCUGGGAUUCGAGCCCAGGUCAUCACGGCCACAACGUGAUAUUCUAACCACUAAACUACAGCCACUGUU